AUGGGCCCAGGCCAGGCAGGCGACAUGGACAACAUACUGGAGCACGGGAUGAAUGAGGUCAUCGUCAGGCACUACAACCACUCAGGAAAGUGGGACCGUCCUCGCAGCGGCGGGGCCUGCAAGAUGGCCGUGCUGCUCCUCAUCUGCGUGCUGAUCGUUCUGGAGAACAUCACCGUUCUGCUUGCUCUGUGGAGGAACAAGCGUUUCCACAGCCGCAUGUACUUUCUCAUCGGAAACCUGGCGCUGUCUGACCUCCUCACCGGUGUGGCUUUUGUGGUGAACAUCUUCACCUCGGGACGUAACACCUUCUUCCUGACGCCGAUGCUGUGGCUGGCUAGAGAGGGAAGUAUGUUUGUGGCCCUCAGCGCCUCCACCUUCAGCCUCCUGGCCAUCGGUAUCGAGAGGCACAUGACGAUGGUACGUCUGCGUCCCUGUGAGACAGCCAGUCGAGGUCGACUUCUCGCUCUGCUGGCGGCCUGCUGGUGUGUGUCAGUGCUGCUCAGUGCCCUGCCCAGCCUCGGCUGGAACUGCCUGAACAACCUGAGCUCCUGCUCCACAGUGCUGCCACUUUAUGCCAAAAGUUACAUCGCUUUCUGCAUUAGUGUUUUCAGCAUCCUGCUGCUUGCUAUCAUCAUCCUUUAUAUCAGGAUCUACCGUCUGGUGACCUCAAGCGGGCGCAGGGUGAGCAGUCGGCCCUCGGAGCGCUCUCUGGCCCUGCUGCGGACAGUGGUCAUUGUUCUUGGGGUGUUUGUUGUGUGCUGGGCCCCCCUGUUCUUUCUGUUCUUGCUGGAUGUUGGCUGUAGCCCAGACAGGUGCCCAGUCCUCUAUCAGGUGGACUUGUUCAUUGGCCUGGCUGUGCUCAACUCUGCUCUCAACCCUCUCAUAUACACUCUGUCCAGCAGGGAGAUGAGGUCUGCCUUCUUCCGGUUGCUGUGCUGGUGUCAGACGGGCAUGGACACCUCUGGGUCACCUGCGGUAGGAAACCCCGACCUGGGCACAAUCAUUCCCACAGUGGAAAACAGCAAGACUAGUUUGGGUGGAUGUGGAGACAGUGGUCCAGUUAAAUCCACACUGAAGCUUCCCACAGCUGUGAACUCUGACCCCUCGGCCACAGCUCUGCCUCACCCCUCAGGGCCUGCAGACCUGCUCUCAGCUGUGUUCGUGAAGGCGGGCGCGCUGCCGCCUCUCAGCAAGUUCUGAGCGGAAGCAUCCAAAUAAAACAGACACAGCAGACAUUGUCCUACUAGCAGCCACUUUUUGUUUGUGCACUACGAAUAUUGCAAAGAUAACACAGUCAGAAUCCAAUCGAUCCUUUAAAGCCACUAAUCACUCUCAACACUGGGACCAAUCUCAA